UCAUUUAAACCCGCGCUAGGCAUGGUACGAUUCACACAUCGCUUGUUAUACACUGCUGUCAGACAUAGGGCUUCAUUGUCAGUCAGAUGUGAUCAUGUGCGAUUGUUAGUGUAAGCAAACUAGACGAAAUCUUCACUGCACUUAUCCUCUGUUUAAAGACAGUCAGCUGACUUGGCUUUGAUUUUGGGAUGGCAGAAGCGCAGCAACAGCUGGUUGACAUCGACCCGGAUUUCGAGCCUCUCUCCCGUCCGCGCUCAUGCACCUGGCCGCUGCACCGACCGGAAUUCAGCGAGCCGGGGAGCUCGAACACGUCCUCCCCGGCACCGUCCGUCAAGCAGGAGCAAGGUAUCGUGGACUUUAUUAACAGCCUAAGUUUACUAGAAGAGACCGAGGACUACCAGGAGGAGAAACCCGUCCUUUUGAACGACUUCCACUGCCAGGACACCUGCGUUCAUCCCCAGCAACAGCAUCCCCAGCAGCCGAAUCCCCAGCUGACGCACCCGCAACAGGUGCCGCCGCUCCCCGCCCCUGCCAGCAGCUCCAGCCCUGCAGCGGCCCAGAGGAAGAGCAGCUCGUCUCGUAGGAACGCGUGGGGGAAUAUGUCAUACGCUGAUCUCAUCACCAAGGCGAUCGAGAGCUCCCCCGAGAAGCGGCUCACCCUGUCUCAGAUCUACGAGUGGAUGGUGAAGAGCGUGCCUUACUUCAAAGAUAAGGGCGACAGCAACAGCUCAGCCGGCUGGAAGAACUCAAUCAGACACAAUCUGUCCCUGCACAGUCGUUUCGUUCGCGUCCAGAAUGAAGGAACAGGGAAGAGCUCAUGGUGGAUGCUGAACCCUGAGGGGGGAAAGAGUGGCAAGUCUCCACGCCGGAGGGCCACUUCCAUGGACAACAACAGCAAGUUCACCAAGAGCCGUGGACGAGCUGCCAAGAAAAAGAUGUCAUUGCAGAGUGGUCUGGAUGGUGGCUCUAACAGUCCUGGUUCUCAGUACCCAAAAUGGCUCGGCAGCCCCAACUCCCACAGCAAUGACGACUUUGAACCCUGGACCACCUUUCGUACUCGCGCGAGCUCCGACGCCAGCACGCUCAGUGGCCGUCGCUCGCCUACCUUCCUACCCGAGGAGGACGAACCCGGCGAGGUCCACAUCGGGUACCCAGGGACCAAACUGGGUGGGCCUCUCCCCAGCCUGUCCGAAGUAGCGGGUCACCACGGUUCUGACAACGUGAUGAUGAACGAUCUCUUAGACAACCUCAACCUCAUCUCACCCAAAAAUAACACCCAGGGCAGCCAAGAUGCCCAAUCUGCGCUGUCCUCGCCCAUGAUGCAGGGAAGCCCUGGGUACCCGUCCUACAACUCCCCCAAUAUGUGUCCUCAGCCCCAGGUCCAGCAGGAUUACCGGAAGUGCCUGUACGGACAGGGCGGGGUGGGCGGACUGAGUCCCAUCGCCAUACCGACUUUAUCAGACAGUAAACCAGGAGGCUAUGGACCCUUUGUUAGUCAGUACACCUGUGCUGCAGGGAUGCUCAAAGAGCUGCUGACCGCAGAUGCCGAUCCGAGAGGGAACCUGAUGCAGUCUUUGGAGUCGGUGGUUUCUGGUGAAGGACGACGGGUGCUACCCACUUAUGCUAGUCAGGGACAAAUGGGACAGGGCAAAAUGAUUGUACAUCCUCACCUCCACGCGCACCCGCGAUCGCUUCACCAGUUGCCCUCGCCAACAAUGGGCAUGAACGGCUGUGCCCUGUUGCCCCACGGUCAUCCUCUUCGCCUCGGUAACAUGAAGCCUCAACCACACCAGCCUCAUCACGUUCAGCUGGGAAGAGGCGGAGGUGAGGCCGGGAUGCCGAGUUACACCAACGGCAACGGUUUUCACAGGCUCGGACCGGUUCAUCACCACCAUCACAGCCACCCAGAGCGGCUACCCAGUGACUUGGACGACAUGUCGAUCGAACAACUGGAGUGUGACGUAGAAACCGUCCUUCAUGACACACUCAUGGACGGCGAUGCUCUGGACUUCAACUUCGACCCCAUGUGUCAACAGAAUUUCCCGCACGGGGUCAAGACCAACACGCAUAACUGGGUAUCUGGAUGAACAUGUUAAUUAAUUCAAACACAUACUGUACACAUUAGCUGUUUUUGAGCUAUAAUAUGAUUUCAUACCAAAUGUGUGUGAAUAUAUGUGUAAAUAUGUCAUAGGCAUAUAGGAGGUCAAUUGACAGUUGACUAAACACUCUUAGAAGAAAAGGUUUUAUCAGUGCAACUUAUUUGGAACCCCUAAAAGGUUCUAUACACUCUUAAAAAAAG